AUGACAAUGUUUGAUGCUGCAGAUUCUGUUUUACGUUUAAAACUGGCAUUAGAAAAGAUCACAGAUAAUCAUAAGGAUGUUGUUAAAGAAAAUAUAGUAAAAAUAAUUACCUCUCGUGGAUUUUUUUAUGACGUUAAUAUAGUAUUAAAAGUAUUAGAGCUGCUAAAAAAGACCAUUUUGUCUGUUGAAGCGUCUAAUACUACUUUUACUGAUUAUUUUAUUGCAUUAAUUCGUCUAGCAACAUAUUUCCUUCAUCCUGGUUAUCAAGGUAAAUAUUUAAUAUUAUUAAAUAUUGAAGGUAAUGGAUUAAAGAAUAUGUGGACGAAAAUUUCAGAGUAUGUGCAAAAGUUAUGGGAAAAUAUGGGAUAUAAUAUUGAUGACCAAAAAAUAUUAAUUACUCAAAUGCUGAAUUUUAAAGCUAAACAAGGUACUUAUUCAAUAGCAUUUGUUAAAAAUUGGGUUACACCUUGUACAUGGUGGAUAUCAUGUGAAGAUCAACCUCCUUUUUUGAGAGAUCUGACGUUAAAAGUAUACUUUUCGUCAAAAUGA